GCCUGUGAUAUCUGACUGUCUUCCUCACAGCCAUGAUGCUGGCCUCAGGGCUACUUCUUGUCGCUUUGCUGGCUUUCCUGAGUAUAGUGAUCUUGAUGUCCGUCUGGCAGCAGAGAAGGUUCCGGGGGAAGCUGCCUCCUGGACCCACACCACUGCCCUUCAUCGGGAAUUACCUGCAGCUGAACACAGAGCAGAUGUACAACUCUCUCAUGAAGAUCAGAGAGCGCUAUGGCCCUGUGUUUACCAUCCACAUAGGGCCCCGUCAGGUUGUGGUGCUGUGUGGCUAUGAUGCAGUCAAGGAAGCUCUGAUAGAUCAAGCUGAGGAAUUCAGUGGGAGAGGCAAACAGUCCACCUUCGACUGGCUCUUCAAAGGCUAUGGUGUGGCUUUCAGCUCAUGGGAACGUGCCAAGCAACUCCGGCGCUUCUCCAUCACCACACUGAAGGACUUCGGGGUGGGCAAGCGUGGCAUUGAGGAGCGCAUCCAAGAGGAGAUCGGUUUCCUUAUUGAGUCCCUCAGGGAAACACAGGGUGCCUUCAUAGAUCCCACCUUCUACCUGAGCAGAGCAGUCUCCAAUGUCAUUAGCUCCAUUGUCUUUGGGGACCGCUUUGACUAUGAGGAUAAAGAGUUCCUGUCACUUUUGCGCAUGAUGCUGGGGAGCUUCCAGUUCACAGCUACCUCUACCGGACAGCUCUAUGAGAUGUUCUAUUCAGUAAUGAAGCACCUGCCAGGACCACAGCAACAGGCUUUCAAGGAGCUGCGGGGACUGGAGAACUUCAUAGUCAAGAAAGUGGAGCAAAACCAGCGCACACUGGAUCCUAAUUCUCCACGAAACUUCAUUGACUCCUUUCUCAUCCGCAUCCAGAAGGAGAAGAACCUCAACACAGUGUUCCACAUGAAGAAUCUGGUCAUGACCACACUAAGCCUCUUCUUUGCUGGCACAGAGACUGUCAGCACGACCUUGCGCUAUGGCUUUCUGCUGCUCAUGAAGCACCCAGAUGUGGAAGCCAAGAUCCAUGAGGAGAUCGACAGAGUGAUUGGCAGGAAUCGGCAUCCCAUGUUUGAGGACAAAGCCAAGAUGCCCUACACAGAGGCGGUGAUCCAUGAAAUUCAAAGAUUUGGAAACGUGAUCCCCAUGAGUCUGGCUCACAGGGUCACCAAGGACACCAAGUUUCGGGACUUUCUACUCCCCAAGGGCACUGAAGUGUUCCCUGUCCUGGGUUCUGUGCUGAGAGACCCAAUGUUCUUCUCCAAUCCUGGAGAUUUCAAUCCCGAACACUUCCUGGAUGAGAAGAGGCAGUUUAAGAAGAAUGAUGCUUUUGUACCUUUUUCCCUUGGAAAGCGGUACUGUUUCGGAGAAGGCCUGGCUAGAAUGGAGCUCUUUCUCUUCCUCACCUCCAUCUUGCAGAACUUCCGCUUCAAGUCCCCACAGGCGCCUCAGGACAUUGAUGUGUCCCCUAAACACGUGGGCUUUGCCACCAUCCCACCGAACUACACCAUGGGCUUUGUGCCCCGCUGAGCAAGGGCUGUGCCAAGGGAAGGAAAGUGAGAGGGACAAGGCAAAUGAUGUUCUGGGGUUGAGGUAGUGGAUGGGAAGGGCAGCUAAAUAAGAGGUCUCAUGGAAAGGCUGAAAAUAUGAGGGGAAAGGAAGGGACAGGGGGGAUAAAAGUGGGAACAAAACAGAACAGACUGAUCACUUUACUAAAAAUGUGAUAUUGCUAAAGAUGUAUAAAAAAUAAAGAUGUGUAUGUAUCAAUUCCUCAA